UGGGGCUCUGUGCGGAUGGCAGAGGCCGCGGCUAACUCGGCUCACCGAGCUAACGGAGCUGCCCGGCCGGUCGGAUGGCCGCAGACGGCCGCUGGAAGAGGAAGACUUCUGCAGAAGAAGACGUGAGUCCUCGUGACGUCAAACGUGCCGCAAUGAUGCCACAGGCAGCGUCCUCACCUGAGACAGGUGGGCGGGCCCCGUGGAAAGACGUGGGUGCCAUGGAAACCAGUGACAGCGAGCUUGGACAACUGGACAUCGACUUGGACAGGAAGUCCAAGCGGCUGAAUCUGACGUCCAACAACGUGCGCGCCAUUCUGCAUGAGGUGAUCACCCAUGAACACGUAGUGGCCAUGAUGAAGACAACCAUCAGAGACACUCAGAACCUGCCGAUGUUUGAGCCUAAAAUGACCCGGUCCAGACUGAAACAGACCAUUCAACAGGUAUCGAAGCCACCAGACUGGAGUGGGACAGCAGUGAACACAGCCAAGCCUCCUCAGUUUGUGGACAUUGAUCUCGAGGACGAUGAAGACUCUUCUGAAGAGUAUUGUCCUGAUGAGGAUGAGGAAGAUGAAGAGGAUACAGCAGAGGAGAGUCUUCUCAGUGACGCCGACAGCCUGACUUCGCCUCCCAGAAUUCACCAGGGCUUUCAGGCCAGACUACUGGCCGAGCGGAUUCAGGGACCACAGCAGACAGGCGCAGGCGACCUGAGACAUGAGGUGAACUCGACUUCAGCUGCUGAAAAGAUUUCCUUUCUGGAGAGACUGAACACUGUGGAGGCAGAGCUGGACUACAGCUCCGCCUACAGCUACCAGCCGUCUCUGGACAGGAGGAACGAUGACGACGGGGACGAAGGCAGUUUGGCGUGCCGUACACGCUCCAAACUGCCUCUGGUGAACGUUCCCCUGGGGCAGCUGGAGGCGGAGCUUCUGGCUCCUGACAUCACGGCCGACAUGUACGAGGAGCACAGUAUGCAGGGGCAGGAGGACCGCCACUGGACGGAGUGGCUGCAGAGUCUGAUGGCACCCGACUGUGAAGAGGAGGCCGAAGACGACGAUGACCCUGAAUAUGAUUUUGUGAAGGACCUGGCUGAACCUGACCGGGAGGACUACAGGACAGACCGAGCUGUACAAAUCACUAAGAAGGAAGUGAACGAGCUGCUGGAGGAGCUUUUUGACACGCUGCAGGAGGAAGAGCACGGGGAAGAACAUGAGGAGGAGCAGGUGGAGGAACAGGUGGUGCAGUCUCAGCCCAGACCAAAGUUUAAUGUCCCUCAAGCUUUACGUUUCGAGGCACCGUUAGCCAACAUGUUGACCGAGCGCCGGCAGACGGUCAGAAAGCGGUACGAGGCUCUGCAGCACAGAAAAGCCUUACAGGACACCACCAACUGUCUCCAUGGCAACGCUGCCCCAAAGGACAAACCCACCGUGCCCACCCACCAGCUGACCUUUCUGUUAAGUCUGGACCGUGCCCACAAACUGCAGCUGCAGCAGCAGAUCCAGCAGCAUGUUCAGCUGCUGACAGAGAUCCACCUACUGACCCGGAACAUCUCCGCCUUACUGCCCCAGGCCAACACCACCAAGCAGUACCUGGAAGAACUGCAGCAGUUUGCCCGGCGUCGUGAGGAAGUCAACCUCCCCUCUACAUUCAGAGUGUGUAACCUGACGGGGGCGCUGGAGCUCCUGGAGGAGGUGGAGAAGAGAGAGGAGCCUCCUCCUGCUGCUCCUGCUGCUCCUGCUGCCUCCGCCUCCAGGUGCCGCUGGCUCCCCACCAUGACUGCUGCUACCAACAGCCUGGCGUUCCCCCUCCUGCCUGCACACACUGCCUGGCUGUUCGCCACCCGGCCCGUCUUCCUCUACCCAGAACUGCUGCCCGUCUGCAGCCUGGACCCGGCCCUGCACAGCAAAGCACACCGGACUUUUUAUACAGCAGGAGAGGAGGGACUCAUGGCUCUCGGGCUGAAGCACUUUGAGCAGACUGUGCAGCCGGAGCAGCUGAUCAGCUCCUACCUGCUCUGCAAGAACCCGUGGAAUUUAAAGAAGCACCUCCGAGACCUGGGCGGCCCCAGAACGCCGCCGGACCACCCGGUCAAGAUGUUCCUGAAGCAGGGCGUUCUUCCUCCGCUGCCCCUGGCCUGCAGCAGAGUCCAGCCUGGAGACCAGCGCCCCCCGGUGGACAGAAACACCCCCAACAUGCCCAACUGGCUCAAGAGCAGCCAGCAGAUCAUCCAGAAGACGCGGCUCGGCGCCUCCGGUUACUCCCCCUGUCUGCCCCCUGAUGUCACGCUCAGACUUCAUCCCUAUUGGCUGAAAAAGUCGUCGCAGCCCCGGACGCGGCCCCGCCCCCACCGGCGCCUCUUCAGGCUGGCGCACACCGCCUCCCUGCUGCCGCUGGCCAAGGCGCCGCCCGACGGACAGUUGAACGGCCAGUCCUUCAGCUCGCUGGCUCCUCCCGUGCCGUGCGUCGGCUCGCUCUCCGAUUGGUCCGCAGCCGCAGGAGCCCCCGCCCUGGCCCCGCCUCCCGUCUGUGGCGCCGUUCCUCUGGCCGGGGUUCAUCCGGACCCCUCCCACCACGUCCUGUCCUGCAUUCCCAUUGGCGACAGCCUUCCUCCCGGCGCCCUCCCCUUCCCCCCCACGCCCGGCCUCCCCACUUCAAAUACCACCAUGCCUUGCUCGGCUGCCGCGCUGAAGCCGGGUUACGUCCUCCUCCAGAUGGUGUGGAGACCACCUGCUCCUCCGACCACCUCCCAGCAUGCAGCGGGGCAUCACCUCCCCACGCCACUGGCGCAGGAGGGAGGGGAGGAGCAGAGGCAAGGCGGGACGGGAGGAGAAGAGGUGACCGGAGGUGGAGGAGGCGGAGAGGAGGGGAGGAGGGACGGAGCAGCGGGAGAAGGUGGAGAAGGGAGGAGCGACGGAGGAACGGGAGACGGCGGGGAGGAGGACAGACAGGCGGGCGGCGGGGGUGGAGACAGGGAGGAGGAGGACGAGGAGGAGGAGGACUUCGAUGACCUGACGCAGGACGAGGACGAGGAGGAAGUGAUGUCAUCGGCGUCGGAGGAGUCGGUGCUGUCGGUUCCCGAGUUACAGGAGACCAUGAAGCAGCUGACCUGGCUGGCAGCAGAGCGCCGCCUGUGCGGGGACGGGGACUCAGAGGAGGACCACUCCCCGACCUCUCAGGAGGAAGAGGACGAGGACGAAGACCAGAAGGAGGAGGAGUCGGGGGACGGCCGGAGCCCAAAGGCCGGCCUCGACGAGGAGGCGCUGUCCGGCGAGGGGACGCCCAGAGGAGGACGGAGGUGUCCGGGACGAGGACGAGGCCGAACUCGUCCUCUGGGAGGUCUCAGGCGGACACGUCAGGAGCGUCUCAGCAAGGACACCACCAAGCUGCUGCAGCUGCUGGAUGAAAACAUCGUUGAGAACGACCCGCAUAGAGAGAUUAAAGACACCGCCUUCGCCCAGAGUUACCUCAACCGGGUGCGUGAGGCGCUGCAGGACAUCCCCGCUCAGGUGGAGGAGUUUGUUCUGCUGCUGAACCAGUUCGAGCAGGCGGGAGACGAACAGGAAGUGACGCUGCUCUUCAGGAAGCUGCGGUUCAUCCUGGGGAAUCGCACCGACCUCCUCCGAGACUUCGCGGCGUUCCUGCACCCGGAGCAGGCGUUACACUGCGGCCUGUGGGAGGAGCAGCAAGCCUUCGAGCGCAGCCGGCGGUUUCUGCGGCAGCUGGAGAUCAGCUUUGGAGAAAAUCCGUCUCAUUACCAAAAGAUCAUCAAAGCUCUGCAGACCGGUCCGGACCUGAGUCCAGGAGGCAUCCAUGAGCUCAAAGCCCAAAUGGCGACGCUGCUGAAAGGCCACACCCAUCUGCAGGCUGAGUUCUGGGUGUUUUUCGAUGAGCUGCGCCCGCCUCCAGCCCGACCGGGACAGUUUGAAGAUGCCCACUGGACGGAGGAAGGAGGGGGCGGGUCGGACUGCGGGGACGGCGUCAGCCAUUUGUCAGGGGGCGGAGCUGGCGGAGACUUCGAGGAAGUGACGCUGCCUGAGCUGGAAGAGGAAGAGGAGGGGCUUAAACAUCAGCCGAUGACCAGCCGGCGCCAGAGGAGGAAGAUGGACACCAGCUAUAAGGGCUGUGAUUGGUCGGAUAAAGACUGGCCGUGCCUCUGUCGGGAUGUGAAGAUGCGCCGACAUCGGAGGAAAGGAUGCCCUCGUUGCCAUGGUAACAAGGCGUCGGGGGGCGUGUCCCGGGCCAUGAAGAGUCUGGACCCCCUCUACACUCAGAUCGUCUUCGCCCACGACGACCCCGCAGACAAAGACCUGGACCUGAAGGGGGGCGACGAGAGUCCCGCUCCAGAUGACAAAGAGGAGGAGGAGGAAGAGGAUGAAGAAGAGGGCGAUGAAGAUGAGGAGGAGAGCCCCGUGAUGAAGAGGAAGAGAGAAGAGGCCCCGCUGUUGCCGUCCGCCUCGUCCACCGGUCCUCCUCGGCCCGGCCCUCCUCCGGACCCGCCCGUCUGCGCCAAGAACAUCUCCCUGACAGCGAGCGGCGAGAAGGUGAUCCUGUGGACCAGAGAAGCGGACCGAGUCAUCUUGACCACAUGUCAGCAGGAAGGAGCCAAUCAGAACACGUUCCAGGCGAUCUCCAGUCUGCUUGGAAACAAGACUCCCAGCGAGGUGUCUCACAGAUUUCGGGACUUGAUGCGUUUGUUUCGGACAGCAGCUCGUCAAACCAGCUCCGAGGACGAGGCUCCGCCCACUGAAGCAGAUGACUGACCAAUGUCGGGAGCCAAAGCUCAACCAUUUAUUUGGAAAAAAUGUAUUGAUAAAGACUGCCUUUAUUUAAUGUUUUUGUACAAAUGAUUUUUUUAAUAAAUGUGGUUUUCAUCCACCA